UCAUAAGUAAAUGCUUGUCUUUUUUUAUUUAAGAGAUGAUCUGUUAACAUGUCUCAUCAUGUUUUUAGGAACAACUAGCUAUUGAAGAUAAGACUAAAAGAUAAUCCAUUAAACUUUUUUUUAACAUCUCUAAAUUACAUGCUAGAUUUAAGAUAUCUUAUCAACCAUUGUACGUUGCCCUUACCUCCUCUCGGUUAUGACGAGUCAGACGGAUUGUAAUGUAAGCUGCGGAAUUAGUAGCGUGGUGGCAUCUUUUAACAAAUUGUAUUAAUCGGUGAUGCGGUAAGCACUCGUGUAAAGAAAUCAGAUUGCUGGCUUUGUAAGCACCGGCCAAAUACGAGUAAGCAUUUUAAAUACUGUUAUUAUCUUAUUAUUCACAUGAAGCCAUCCUGUACGUUUAUGGUAAUCUUGCUCUAUUUUCUAUCUUUGUUUGUUUCAUUCUGCUUGCUUUUUUCCAACUAACCUUGCUUUCCGACUCCACAGGCGAAGAUAAGAAUGCGAGCAAAGUGAACGCAUGAAAGGGAUGGCAAAACCCCCUCAAGAUCGAAAGAGUUUCCAUUAAAAAAAUCAUAAGAUCCAAAAAAGGGUUCCACUAUCAAGGGACAACGGACCAAACAACAAAACAGAGCGUCCAAAUGUGCAGAACAUAAUAAGCUAAACUAAAAUUCAAAAGGUAAAAGUUCUAGCAAACCAAGUUUUUUGGUACAACGCUGCCUCAUCUAACCUAGCAUAGCAGCACGAAACUAAAGUUUUCCGUUUCUUUCUGCAUUAACUAUGUGGCAAAGACAAGAGAUGAUGAUUUUUAGAUGCCAGUAAGAACAGCUCUGGCAUGAAAGCAAACUAAAUGAUAGAAGAAGUUGUGAGACGAGCAAAAGUCAAAACAGCCGGCCUAUGCUGUCCCCCUUCCCAAUUCCCAUCCACCGUUCCUAAUGCCCACCCACCGGUGUAAACAAGGCCUGAUGAUUUUACUACUGCCCUCCAGUUUUGAUUGUGCUACUACCUGCCCUGUUCACGUCACCGGUGCGGCCACGGCGAGCACCAGCGCCAGCCUUCCGGUUGAUCCCGGACGCAACGCAGCCUCAGCAGUCCCCCUCCAGCUCUGAUGAUCUCUACCUACACUGAGUGGUAGCCUCGGAGCCAGAGAGACCUGUGGCAGAUGCGCUCGCCAUGGGCAAGAAAGCCGGUGAUGCUGAGCAGGCUGGACGCCUCCCUGAGACGUCAACCAGCAACGGCGCCGCGGUUCGUCGAUGCACCGCUCAAGUGGGCGCGGCUCUCAGCGCUAAGUGUGUCGUCGCGUUGGUCCUCGGUGUCGUCGUCUUCCUCUCGGCCUUCUUCAUGCUCCUUCAAUUCCGAUCACCGGGGAACAGCGUGCCUGAUGCCCCCGGCACACUCAUCGAUGAAAUUCAGGCUGGUUUCAUCUUGUUGAAGCCACUUGCGCAACUCACUCCACAUGCCGUCGAGCUACAACAAGAGAUAAACCGUCAAAUUGGAGUCCCCAACACUACGGUUUCCGUCUCUAUGCAGGCAUUAUUCCUGAGUUUCACUGCUGUAGAAUUUGAUGUUCUUCCUGACCCAAUAAACACCUCCAUAAGUGCACGAUCCAUGCACGCAUUGAGGAAAAACUUGAUCCAGCUUACACUUCAGCAGCUGAAUUUAUCACUGACACCAUCGGUCUUCGGAUAUCCAUUGUGCGUACAGAUGAUGGGGUUCCCAGGAGGGAUCACAAUAGAAUUAGAACCCCUACAGGAUGAUUCCAUUCUACAAGUUGCACAGCCUAUUUUCAAUGUAACGCUUGACAUGAGCAUUCGCCAGUUGAGGGGACUGAUUGAGGAAAUGAAGGAGGAUCUUGGGCAUUUACUGGAUGAGGACAUAUACAUAGAUCUGACAAAUAAGAAUGGCUCAACGAUUGCCCCACCAGUUAUAGUCCAAGUUUCCCUCUCCCCAGAUGACCGUGGUGUUUACGAAGAAAUGGGGAGGCUGAAACAGCUAGCUGAAAUCAUCACAGAAUCAAGUUCAAUGAACCUUGGCCUAGACCCAUCGGUUUUUGGUAGAAUCAAGGAUCUCAAGUUGGCUCCGCGUCUGCAAGCCCUCGUUCCAUCAUUUGCUCCUAGCUCAUCUCCAACGCAAAUGUCAUCCACUUCCAUGCCUCCGUAUUCACAGCCAAUGUCAUCCCCUUCCAUGCCUCCAUAUUCACAGCCAAGUAGAACCAAUCUUUGUGCACAUUGUUCAUGCCCUGCUUGGAUGAAACUAAAUGCAACCAAUUCACGUCGCAUGUUAAUGCGACUUCCUCCAAUGACAAUCUCUCUUCAAUUACCAACACAGCGUCAUAGCGGGAAUGGACCUGGGCACAAGCAAAGUGGCAAUGCAGUGGCAGCACCAACCUCCAUUGCACCAUCAUCCCAACCAUAGUAAGGUACUUGUGCAGUCGAGCAAGAUUCAAGUUCCAAUUUGAAUUCAACAAAAGCAGGCCUCCCAGCCUCGGGCAGAUCAGAAUUUGCAUGUUAAGACUACUUUGCAGCUUAUAUUACAGUGCAACACUUCGAUAACAUAUCGCGAGUUGCACCAAGGUUGGGAAUUUGGGAUGUAGCAACUCUAUGCUUAAACUAACGUCCUAUUUUGUAAGAAAUCUAGGCCAAGUUUAAUUAUAAACUUAUACUCACAUGAAAUCUGGAUAAAUCCCAGGGUCCAUGUAUAGUAGAAUUAGCAGGUUACAGCUACAAAAGUGGCUGCCCACCAUAUGUUCCUAAAGACAUGUUCUUAGUUGUUUAUCUGUUCAGUAACCAUUUUUUCCCCAGGCAGCUCAUGCAUUUGCAUACACCAGACAUUGCUCUUAUCUCCAAGAGCCCCUUGGAUAUUGAUUUACUGGCCUGAAUCUUGCUUAUGAGUCGGAUGUUCUGUAAA